UUGUAGAAUGCAUUUCAUGACAUCCAACGCCUCCCAAUUGCGGCCGAGGCGCAUUCUUCUUCUAACCUCCACUUUCAUCCACCAACUGCUCCGUGUUCAUCAACUUGGCUGCUUCAACGAUACCUUCUGCGCGUGCAAACGCACGAAACUGGACUCUCUGCGGCCCAGUGACAGCAUCCUAUGAGUGAGGAAAGGCCGUUCAACUAUCUGUUCGACUCGGCUGCGCUCAAUGAGUCUCUCCGACGAAACAAAGCUGUUGUGUGUGCCCUCUCGGCAAGCUAUAUCUCCACCUUUGCGGGAUACCCACUGGACUCCAUCAAGUCCAGGCUUCAGACCACCAAACAGCCGAUCACUAUCCCUCGGCUUGCUGCACUGGUAUAUCGUGAAGAGGGUCUCAUAGGUUUCUAUCGGGGACUAUGGAUACCCCUUAUUACAAUUUCGUUCGUUCGUGCUGCUUCAUUCACGAUCUAUACGCGCACCAAAGAAUACUUUCGCGACCAUCACUGGCUGACUCAUAAUAACAUACUCCAUGUUUCUACCACUGGAGGUAUUGGUGGUGCUCUGUCUGGUUCCUUGAUCUCAUUUGGAAGUGCUCCGUUUGAGCUUGUCAAGGUUCGAAGACAGCUGGAAUACUCCAUUGCUGCAAGCAAAGGCUUGCGAAUCGCAAAGCCUCCAUCCACUCUCGAGGCAGUCCGUGAUAUUUUUAGGACAAAUGGCAUAUUUGGGUUAUAUACAGGCUUCCGUCUCCACUUCGUGCGAGACACGUUCGGAACUGCUCUUUAUUUCUUUGAGUACGAUGGUCUUCGAUAUAUUAUGGGUCGUUUGCCGUCCGGAGAACAGGGGUCGACACCGGCAUGGUUGCCAAUUCACAAUUCAUUAGUACCAUUCCUCUGCGGUUCGGUGGCUGGAGUCACUUCAUGGGCUCUCAUUUAUCCUCUUGACGUUGUGAAAACCAAGGUUCAGCAACGCGCAUUAGCAGGCGAACCCUCCAGAACCGUUUGGGAUACGUUUCGACGGUUGGUACGAGGCCCUGACCCUAAGAACCCGAAGCCUAUCCUGUAUGGCCUAGCACGCAUAUAUCGAGGGUUGGGUGUCAGCGCCCUCCGGAGUGUUACUACCCAUGGAUUGCUCUGGACAUUCUUCGAUUUGACUGCUUCAUAUAUUGACAGGCUCCCAGAGGGAAGACAAAGUAAUAUAGACCAGCAAUAAUUUACGAUACUACAUCAUGUCAGCAUCUGAAUACCAACUACGUGAUCGGUUCAUGGAACACAAUGCAGCGUGCACCUACAGUACGUACUGUGUCUCGUGCGUGAUCUGCAAAGAAUGGAGUCAAUGGUCGUG